AUGGACGGCAUGGACGAAGGCCAAUUCAACCGUACGCUCCAGGUCAUCAACAGCAACAUCAACGACGAUGACAAGGAAUUGUUCGUUGCCGUUGCUGCUCUGGUCAUAUCCAUUGUUGCCCUCGUCGCAGCUCUUCUCCAGGUCGCCCAGCAAUACUAUGCAUCCGCCGCCGGCUACUCUAGCUGCGGGAGCAAAGUCAUAGGGAAAUGGUCCGAGUCCAAGAAGCGACGCCUCAAGUUCACCGAGUUCCGAUUCGAGGUGCAGUUCGAGACCCCCGUCAUCUUCCUGUGCCCCCCGACAAACACGAAAGGCCCUGUCAAGGGCCAGGAAAUCAUCUUUAUUGAUGGGUCAGAUCAUAGUCUGCGGGAAAGUCGGUCUGAAAUCCCGGAGAAAAGUUCAAGGGAAAAGAAUGAAUACGAUGAGAAAUUGGUCAAGCAGUCUGUGCACACGGCCGACAAUGAGCGGGCUUCAUGGGUAACGCUUCUCUCUGCUCUACAAAAGAUGGAACGUGACUCCAGAGAAUGGCAGAAGGGGCAGUACAAGAACAAGAUCUUCAAGAGUCCGCCCAAAGGGUUUGCCCCGGCCGAGAAACCAGAGGAUAUUGAUGCCACGCUCAGGGACGUCAGUAACAACUAUACUCUGACAAUCGCCAUCCAGAGGAAACUCAGAAGCUGGGAUACGAUGCCAGCAAAUGUCAAGAAGCCCUAUGCCACCACCACAUGGUGCCAUAUUAUCGAGAUGCUGGCUAUGCUUGGCGUAUACUGGGUUGAAUUCAACAGGGCCAAUGACAGGUACCGCGCUGAAGGCAACGGCUACACAGUAACGGGAGAGAAGGUCAGCGACCUCGGCAUCAUGUUCACCUUUCAGGUACACGGGCGCAGCCGCUUUGAGGGCAACCGUGUCAUACCCGUCGACGAGACUAAGGAACUCUGCUUCGGCUUCGUUCCGACCAUUUACCGGUCAGCCUUGGACGGUCGGCGGCUGCAGUUCCCCAACGACGAACCUAGAGACCUGUCUGUUCUGAACUUCUCCAGCAACCGCGAGAUUGCGGAAACGUUGGUCCUUAUCGGCUGUAACACAAAUACAGUGAACUAUUUUGCUGAUAAUUCAACUGCGCGAACCGGGCAUCUGUUUCCUGUUGCUUUCGAAAUAAUAGGAAUGCUGGCUCGCACGCUUCACAUCGAGAAGAGCGCGUUUCGUCUGCUACCAAACCCCACCCACUAUCGAUGGGAUACGAAGAACUUCUCUCUGACCCGCCUCCUUGAGGCGUACGCCAUGCAGAUGAACAAACUGAAGACAGACCCUCAAUAUGCCGCCAGCAACGUCGGCAUGCUUAUUCGGAGAAAUAUUCGGAAAAUACAAGAGCACAUGACGACCUCGGAACAGAGUGGCUGGCCUACCUUGCCUCUCAUGGACGCGUUGCAUUCGGCGCUCGAUGACAUGGACGUGAUCCUGACGGCGACGCCUAGGGAAUCUCGGCCAGCCGCAAUCACCCGUAAUUAUACCACGACAUCUGGCUUGCAGAAUCCCCAAAGCAAAUCGGCCCAGCCGUCUGAGGCCUCCGACGUCAUGCCACAAGAAAACACUCGUCAAGAAAUGGUCAAGGAUGUGCUGCGAAGUCACAUCCAGGAGGUUCUUGCUGGUUUUAACGAAAAGACGGAAAAGGCGACGGCGCUGAACCCCCCCAGCGGCAACCAGCCCCUGGAGGACAAGGCGAAACCUCUCCGCUUUGAGGACAUCGACGCUGCGGCCCCUGAGCUCAAGCAAUACAAGCUCAUGGAGGUGUACUUUCGUGUGGUCCGGAGCAAGGUCAUUGCAGAGUCCAAAGAGUCGAAGGACAUGCGAGCAUCAAUCUCCCCCACGGCGCCGACUGUGGAGUUUGGUGGGUUGAAGCAGAGGGACCAGACGAACCUCAGCACGUGGACGGCGGACACGGUCGACGACGAGGAACAGACCGUCUUGCCAGAUUUGAAAGACGAGGAGAUCAAGUACGGGGAUAUCUGGUGCACCCUAGUUUUUCGGAUGAUCUGUUGGCUCAUGCUGCAUGACUUUCAUAAGAAGGACGUUCAGGUUUCCAAGAGCGAGCUUUUGGGCAGCCGUUUACCGGUCUACAUCGCAUAA